AUGCCCACCCAACCACCCCUCCCACCCCUCCUUGCGCCCUAUGUAUCGUCUCUGCCGCAAUCGUCUCUCACAGUCUUAUCCUCCGUACUAGGCGCAACGGGGAAUUGGCUAGUGUUGCGCUUCCUCUACGCGGCGCUGAGUGUGCCUUCGAAUCCUGAAACCGCGUUUGGACUGAAUGGAAGCGAUGGGGUGAAGAAUAGAAAAGUCGUGCUUGGCUUGGACCUUGCACGCCUCACAGACAAGCGCCAAUUUGCAUUUGUUGAUGGGCUAUCUGAGCUAUUCUACAAUCCUACAACUGCCACAGCAGCCCCUCAACCAACAUUCCCUGGCACUGCCGCUCCCCGAACAGUCCUCCCCGUACGAUCCCAGCCGAGCCCUGUAUCAGCGCGAACCCCGCACCCUGUCCCGCGGCCGGGCAAUGGCAGUACAAACCCAGCUUCAAGGGAAAUCGGACCAGUCAAACGACUGCACCUGUCGGGAAAUGGCACCGCAGCUCUCGAUAAUCUCGAAAGAGACAUCGCUACAGUGAUCAAACAAUUGAAGGCUCCUACACCCGGGGAGGUAGAGGAACCCGAGGUCCUGUUGAUCGUCGAUCAACCAGACUUGCUGCUUGCGGCUACGGGUCCGAGCAGAGGUAUUGGGGCUACGGAGAUGGGAGACUGGGUUAUGGGAUUACAACAGAAUGCCCAUGCAACGAUCUUGACGCUUUCCUCCGAUUCACCGUUGAUACAUAAUGCAUCUGCAUCGGCUCCCCAGCCGGCAACACCGCUGGAAAUCGAGCAUGCAGCAUUCGCUAUAGGAUCGGCCCACAGGGCCCAAAUGGUCAUGCAGCUCCGUAACCUGGAGACCGGUGCGGCUAGGGACGUAAGCGGUGUGCUAAGAGUUAGCAAAGGAGGCGCCUGGGGACAAAACGAGGUGGGUGCGGAGGGCAACUGGGAGGAGAGAGAAGUAUUAUACUUCAUGCAGAGGGAUGGAGGCGUCAGCGUGUUUGGUAGAGGGGAAUAG